CACAUUUUGUGGUUGCUGUUAUAGUAACAAGAGAAAGUAAACAAACUCAGUUGUACGUGUUGCACCCCCUUUACUAUUAGUUGAGGAGGCUAGGCAACGUGACAUCUUGACAUCGGAAUGGGUUUAAUGCAAUUACUGAGGAGGCUGUCCGAGCUCCGAAAGCCGACAAGAAAGCUGCGUAUUCUCCUUCUUGGUCUGGACAAUGCGGGCAAGACCACCAUCCUCAAGGUGAUAGCUAAAGAGACGCAAGACAAAGAUCAAGUCGAACCAACUAGAGGAUUCAAUAUAAAGAGCGUGAAUUCAUCAGGAUUCAGACUGGAUGUGUGGGACAUUGGGGGACAGAGAGCUUUGAGACCUUACUGGAAGAACUACUUUGAGGAAACGGACAUACUGAUCUACGUUGUGGACAGCGCUGAUCCUGGUAGACUAGAAGAAUCACGAGUACAGUUGGAUGAGCUUCUGGUGGAGGAUAAACUCACUGGAGUACCCCUACUAGUGUUUGCAAAUAAACAAGACCUAGGGAUGGCUUUAAAAGCUGAUGAUAUCAGCAAUGAUAUGAAGCUAACUGAGCUGACUGACAGACGAUGGCAGAUACAACCAUGCUCGGCCAAAACUGAAGAAGGGAUUGCGGAUGGGAUAGACUGGGUACUCAAGAGUGUAAAGGCAUCGUCUAAAAACUGAUCUGCUUCCAAUCAUUAUAAUUAUUAGGCAUACCCACUGAACACUUGACUUACAUGUACAUAGUAUUAUUAUUCAUCUCACAUAAUUAUUGUAACACUCAUUUGCUAUAAUUAUUAUAAUAUUUUUUUAGUGCACAAAUAAACAA